GCUAGAGCGGCGCGGAAGAGGGGUGAACGUGACUGGCUUUCUCACUGACCCGCGAGGGUUUUGACCCUAAAACUUCGCUAUGUCGGAGAAAAAGCAGCCGGUGGACUUGGGUCUCCUGGAAGACGACGACGAGUUUGAGGAGUUCCCCGCGGAAGACUGGGCUGGUUUAGAUGAAGAUGAAGAUGAAGAUGAAGAUGAAGAUGAAGAUGAAGAUGAAGAUGAAGAUGAAGAUGCACAUGUCUGGGAGGAUAAUCGGGAUGAGGACAAUGUAGAGGAUGAUUUUUCCAAUCAGUUAGGAGCUGAACUUGAGAAACAUGGUUAUUAAGAUGGAGACCUCAUAACAUCUGAAAGAACUGUUGAAGCAGCCUACACUUGAACUGUUAACUAAACUCUAGAACAGAGAGCCCAGGGCGGAAUGUUUAAAAAAAAAACGCUUAUUUCAUCAGUUGCUUGAAUUUAUUUUUGUUUUGUAACACAGACACACAAAUAAAUGUUUUGGUCUAAAAAAAAUAAUAAUAAAAAAAUAAAA